AUACGCUUUUACCAUUCUUAUUCCCGCGUUCGUUUAGUGAACACCAUAUUUAUAAUUUUCUCGAGUGUGUUUUCUAAGAGAAAAAAAACAAACAAACAAAUAAACAAAAAAGAAAAAUACUCAAAAUGAGUUUGAAAAUUGUGAUUUCAACUUUUCUUCUACUGGUGGCUGUUUCCUUGCCGUUUGCGACGGCAAUAAAAUGUUACACUUGUGAGCAUACUGGAAAAUCAACAGAUGACAACAAUUGUUUAACAUUGGCUAAUUUGCAACCAUCAAUGUGUUCCAAUCAAAUUAUGCGACUAACUGCAACCCAUAAUGCAUUACCAAUGGAAAUAAAAAGAUUAUUAGAAGUUGACAUUCCACCUGAUUCACAACAAAAUGUUGAAUAUUCCUGUGUAAAACUUGUAAUUACUGGAAACGAAGGAAGAAAUAAUUAUACAAUUCGAACAUGUCAAACAGCGCCAACCGAACAGAUGAAAUUUUGUAACACCGCAAAUAAUCAAUUGAGAAUGAAUAAUAAUUUUGGUGUUUCAUUUUGCGACGAAUGUCGAAAGGAUGAAUGUAAUGGUGCAUCGACAAUUGCUAUUUCAUUUCCAAUUUUUGCAAUUUUCAUUAUUGCUUCUUAUUUCAUUAAAGCGUAAUUAUUUGCAAAAAUAAAAAAAAUAAUAGUCAAUAGGACUAUUUGGUAUAUAAGAAAUUGAUUUUUCUCAAAAAAAAAAAAAAAAAAAUCAUAUUUUGUUCUUAUGAUAAAAAUAAGAGAAUGCGAGCGCCAUUUUUGCCUUAAAAAAAAUUUUUUUUUUCAAAAUUGGAUAGGAAAAAAUUGGUCAAAGACCGAAAGUAUUGAAAAAAAAUUGUAUAAAUUAGGUUUAGAAUUUUUUUUUUUAAUUUUAAAUAAUUGGAAAAAUUUUGAGCAGCCUUAAAAAAAAAUGCUAGUCAAAAUGGCAUAUAUUAUUAUUUUUCUAUUUGCUAUUAUAAGUAAUUAAUUAUUAUACUUUUAGUAUACUAUUGCGCUCGUAAGAUUUUCUCUAUAUAUGGAAGGUAUUAAUAAAUACCUGGAGCUGCCAGUAUUAUUCAAAUUUUUUUUCCUAAAAAAAAAUUUUAAUUCAAAAGCAAUCUCGAUUAAAAAUUUUGAUUGUUGAAAAAAAAUCAGCUUUUUUUUGGCAGCUCUGUGAGAAACGCAUCGAAAUAAUCGGCCAUUAAUAUUUAUGGCGAAAAUUUUUUAUAAUUAUACUAUAUAUAUAUAAUUAAGUCAAGCUCCAUCGGGCUUAUUAUAUUAACAUUAUAUAUACGUGUACCUCAAUUAAUUAAAAUAUUUAAUGUAUAUUCGGAUAUGAAAACGAAAAAAAAAAAGAAAAAAAAAUACCCAAUGUGUUAUGUGCAACGAUAAUUUUCGAAUAUUAGGAAAAUUUACGUAUAUAUAUAUAAGUGAUAUUACGCACGAUAUAGUAAUUAUUGUAUGUUUAAAUUAUAAAUUCCCUAAAAAAAAAAUGUAUGACACGAUGAAAAAUUAUCUUCUAAAUUUAAGCGAAUUUAUUCUAUUAAAAUUAUUUUAACAAAAAAAUAAUAAUUUAUUUAUAAUUGGCUUAGAAAUUAAAUUGAAACGUGUCUCCUACAUAUUUCUCUAUUAAAAAAAAAAAUCAUACACGCUAAAUAAGUUUAUGAAAUAAGCAAUAAGCAUUUUAUGCACGAUGGAAAUUAUGUUUUACAUAUAAUAAUAAAGGAGUCUUGAUCUACUAAGAA